GAUUUUGUGCUGUUUUCAUGGCUGACAAAUUUGACAGUGUGAAAGUUUUCUGUUUUACCGACAAAGUCUAUUGUUUUGUUUUCGGUUUUUGUGGUCAACAUCCGUCAGAAAAAUCCCUUUUUUAUUUUCGAAAAUCGAAUUUUCCUCUUUCUAAUUAUUUUCGCGUACGUACGAUGGCUACGAAUAUGGAAGAAGAACAAACUCUGCACGAGUGCGAGAGUUACGUGCAACACCACAACAUCCAGCAAGUGCUCAAAGAUUGUAUCGUGCAACUUUGCGUGAACCGUCCCGCGAAUCCUAUUUCGUUCCUUCGGGAACAUUUCCAGAAGCUGGAAAGGAGGCAAAAAUCAUGGUAUUUUCUCAAAGUUUUAGGCUGUAGAAACCUUGGUAGAAUCCUCUGA